GCGCGGAUUAAGGAAACACGCUGACGUCGGCUGUCCGUCGUGGAUUUCCGCUCUCUCGGAAGGAGACCUCGGAGUCGACAUCAUGGAACGACAUGGGGCGAAACGCCGACCGAUCGUCGCGUUAACCAGGAUACAGCGACGAGGAUGCAGUCGAUGUCGGAUUGAGAGCGACGUGACACACGACUUAGCGGAUCGAGUGAUCAACGGAAUGGAAAGCCGCGUAAUAUAUCACUUGUUUAGUAUUGAGUAAUUUGAGCUAUAGGGAAUAACGAAUUCUGCGUGUAUUUUAUUGCGCGACAUAAUACAUGCGGUAACGUUCGACUGGUUUGUUUUGAACGCGGCUUACCGCGCGCUAUUGUGUUUACGCAAGGUUGCCGCGUUAUCAUUCAUACGACAACGUUCGAGCAAGCAGGUAGCGGCGCGAGCCGCUCCGAGUUCCAUGUAUUACCUCUCGAAUCGCGAUCGCGACAAGUAGGAUGUCAAACGCGAUCUGUCCCUACAAUUAACGUAUGACUAAUUAACUCCCGCGUAUCACCGACGUCUAAGCAUAUCGGAACGAUGGUUAUUUAUUGAAGUAUAAAUACUUCGGGCGAUUUAUUCGUUUCGGAAAUCGAAGCAAUAUGAGAAUUACAGAUUACAGUUUUGCCGGGACAUUUAGAAUAAUGCUCACAAUGCGUUUUUUUUAUUUUGAAUACAUAUUGUGCUUUACAUUUCUCGCCGAUUUAAAUGUAAUUUGCCUAUCGCUUUCGGAUUGAAAGUACGAAAUAACGCGCACGAAUUGCAAAAAUGAAUAAUUUAGAUACAGAAAGCUGUGAUAUAUCGCGGGUUAGGUACGGAAGAGUCAUACAAAGUUCCGCGCGAUCGGUACGCAAUAUAAACUUUCGCGAGUAGUUAUCGUGUGAGUGAUAUAAAGAAACAACGGUUGUACAAGAGAGGAGGAGGAGGUCUGGGAGGCAUCAGGCGUCAGCGGAGCAACCCUGAGUUCAACGCGCGUAAUUGAACUCCGCUGCUGCGCAUCGUAUCGCUGAAGGACGUGCUCGAAACUCAAGAAUAGAACAGAAGCAGAUCUCCAUAGGCGAACAAUAAGAUCCCCGGAUAUUCGCUACUUGUAGCAACUGGAGAGACGGUAGUCUGCGCGCGUUGAAAAAUCGGCUGUCGGAUCACGGAGCGUCGGCAGCAUCCGGCAGCUCCGUCAGCCAGACAUAUACCACCACCCGGAACAAUCCCUCGCCCGUGGCAAGACGGCCGAUCGUGCGGACGUCCUCGGUGCUAUCCCCGCGCGGCCGCUACGUGCGACGACAACAGCCCAAAGAUUCUCCCACCGAAGGCCAAGAUGCAUAUCGAGGUGCAGGUGGCGCUUAACUUCGUGAUAUCUUACCUCUACAAUAAACUGCCGCGCAGACGGGUCAACAUCUUCGGCGAGGAGCUCGAGAAGGCGCUCAAGGACAAGUUCAAGGGCCACUGGUACCCGGAGAAGCCGUUCAAAGGCUCGGCGUUCAGGUGCCUCAAGACCGGCGACCCGGUCGAUCCGGUGCUGGAGCGCGCCGCGAAAGAGAGCGGCGUGCCGAUCCAAGACAUCCUGGAGAAUCUGCCGGCCGAGCUCGCCGUCUGGGUCGAUCCCGGCGAGGUGAGCUACCGUAUCGGUGAGCUGAACGCCGUGAAGAUUCUCUACUCGGAGACCGGUGACCCGCACGACGAGACCUCGGCCGAUCGCGAGGUCACCAAGACCUUCAAUCCGGAAGCGCAGUGCUUCAGGCCGAUCGAGGCCGUGAGCACGUCCUUGAGCGGUCUCAGCCUCAGCCCGAAGUCAACUUCGCCGUUCUCGAGCUCCCUCGGCAGCAACGCCAGCAACGGCUCGUCCAACAACCAGCAGAACGGCCACGGAUCCGGUUCCUCGUCUGCGCCCUCACCCACGCCCAUCACCAGCUCCUUCAAGGGCUCGCCCAGCCCCGUACCGGCCUUCAUCCCGCGUACCACCGCCCCGCUCACCUUCACCACCGCUACCUUCGCCCAGACCAAGUUCGGCAGCACCAAGCUCAAGACUAGCAGCAAACGCGCCAACAGGAUGUCGCCCACCGAGUUCUCAAACUAUAUAAAGCAGCGCGCAGCGAUGCAGCAGCAGAUUCACCAUCACCACCAUCAUCAGCAGCAACAGCAGCAUCAGCCGCAGCCGCAACAGCCACAGCAGCAGCAGCAGCAGCAGCAGCAACAACAGCAACAGGCGACCGCGGCCGGCGCAGGAUUGCCAGUCUCGCAGAGCUCGCCGCGCAGUCGUAGCCUAUCGCCCGGCAGCAUAGUCGCUGGUGCCGGGCAGCAACACGCGGAUCCGAGCGCGUACUUCUUCCAGCACGGUCCGGCAGCGGCCGCAGCGGCAUACCACGCGCAAUUCCCCCAUCGCAACAUCUUCGACUCGUCGGCGAGCCACGGCGGCUACCUGCCGGCCGAUCUCUACGCCGGCACCAAAUUCCCAUCAUCGUACCUCGACCCGACUACCCUGGCCGGCCAUCAGUUCUACGGCGGUAGCAUGAACGGCACCGGCGCCGGUACCGGCGGUGCUGUAAACGGCACCACCAGCGCCGGGGCCGGUACCCAGGGGGUCGGUAGCGCCGGCGCCGGUAACCUCGGCCCGAUCGGCUCCGCGACGAGCAACGGCAACGUCAACACCGGCGCGGCCGUCGCGGCGCAGCAGCAGGACAAGAACGCCCUGGUCGAGGGCCUCAACAAUUUCGGCCUCGGCUCGGUCGCGCCCUACCCGGCCAGCCAAUAUCAACACCUGCUCGUGGCCAACUAAUACCUCGCGCGUGCACAUCAAGUCGUUAAAAGCACCGCCGUCGCGUCCCGCGGCGGCGGUAACAACGUUCUCGUUUUCGGUGCUGCUGGUCCGGCGGCGGGCAAGAAGGAGAGAAAGCCGUCACCUCUGAGACUCCGUCGUCGAGACGUUGUCCAGAGUCCGGCUUCCUGAAAACACACGUCCAUCAGCCCCGAGAGUCGGUCCCACUCUAUCUCUCCUCUCCCGAUCGGAGUCCACCGGUUACGGUUGACGAUACCCAACUUGUCCUCUCCCGUGAUUCCCUCAUCCAGACGCUUCUCAGAGAACGCGCUUUCGUUCGAUCUUUCCUAAUCCAAGGAGUCCGAGAUACUUUGUAUAUAUAUUAUAACGAACGGGGGAGAGAUAGAGAAAAAGAGCGGAGAAAAAGAGAGAGAGAAAGAGCGAACAACAAGCCGCCGAACAAUCGGCACCGAUGACGAUCACGAAAGCGAUCGAGACGAGGAAAGAAAGCGUGAUAUAACGGAGAAAAAGAGAAAGAGAGCGAACGAGCGAGCGAGCGACAUAGUGUAUGCGUGUGGAGAUGAUGCUUGGUUCUAAGGUACGCCUGGUUGCGAGGUAGCGUGUGCGUGCAGAAACGUUUUAGGCGUGGAGGAGAGAGAGAAGAGGAGACGGAAGGAAGCGGCUAACGGCUAACGAGAGCGUGUAUAUGUGUUAAAACCCGAUAAGGACUCGAUUGGCGAUGGCGCGAGACGCUCGUUCGAGAUGGAAGCCAUCGUGUGGCUACCUACGACACACACAUAUAUAUAUAUAUACACACACAACACAUGCGCAAGGGUAUAUACCUAUACCGCAUGUAGCACACCGGCGGACAUUCGAACGACGCGUCGAGCGCGCAUCUGGGACAGUAAAAAUACACUCGACACAUUAUAGGGAUACACACACACACAAACACACAGAGAUAUACAUAUUAUACCGAUCUUCCCUUAUAUACAUCCCGUACAUGCGAUACGAAUACGAACCCACGCGGGCACACUUAGAUCACCACACACGUCAACACGCGAGUAUUACCCAUGCACGAGACACACACACACGUACGUAUUAAUGAAACAAAAAAAGAAAAAGAGGAAAACCACAUAUACGCGACAUUGACUCACACAGAUAUUACCAACGUGUAAUAAUUUAUUUUUUCACUGGUAUAUAGUCGGAGAAUUGAAUAAUGAAUAUAUAUCUGUAGAGCCUAUGUAUUAUAUUCGAGAUGCACUCACUCUUCACCGGGUUCUCGCGAAACGGUAGGAACUACACACUUGUCCCUCAAAUUCUCGUGCUCGAGCGGGCCGUCGUCGGUGUCGGGAGAGCGAGAGACCCGUGGACCGAUAAAAAAAAGAUCGGAAAGGUAAGGUGUCUUCCAAAGUCUUUUUUCUCCAUCGAUCGAGGCGCCGAUACGAGGCGACGCCGCGGCGUCGCUUCGUUUCGCGCGAGAAUCGCGGGCCGGCUAUGCGAUCCCGGGCAACGCGGAAAGCUAUUCAGGCACUAAAUACGUAAAGGCGCGAAGCUCUUUAAACGAGAUCGAAGAUCGGAUCGCGAAUAGCUUUCCCCGCGCGGAGGACCCUUCGAAUUGAGAGAUAAAGAGCAAAAACCGAGAAAUCUACGGCAGACGGCCCGUUCAUGCGCACGAGACGAGUAAAUAAAACGAGAAGGAACAACGCGAUCAAGGAACGAAGGUUCGAUCCUUCCGCGAGUAUAGUGAUAAUGUAGAGAAAGAGAGAAACGAGCUCGCAGUUUUAUACCGUUUGGAAAACUCGUCCUCGGUACGAUUUUACAUUUUAUUUUUAUAAUAAAUGCAGUAGAAUGUAGGAGAAAAUCGAGAGCGAGAGAGAGAGAGAGAGAGAGAGAGUGCAGCGCGUGAUGUGCAAGGGGAGGAGGAGAAGUAAAAGGCGAGAUAGAAAAAGAGCCAGCCGGUGUGUUCGCAAGGGACGUAAGUGGCCUCGUUGCAGGCCCCUCGAUAUUUGCUCGGCUGCGCCUGCGAGCUGGUCCCCGCCCGCCCGUCCGCCGCAGAAAAACCAUUGGGAAUCGAUUUCCUUUCGAGAUAUUACCUUUCGAUUUGACAUCCGGAGUCGAUGACCCUCUGAGCUGUCGAGGAAACCUCUUCGAAUCGUUAAACCUCGGCAAUACGCUCCUUGCCGCCUAUACUUUUAAACUUUGAACCCGGAAACUCUUUCUAAUUAUUUCCCGAUCGCCGUAGGCACCGCUCGCGAGUAGCUCGCAAACAAGAACAAGUUUUCAAGCGGUUGAUGAGAUCUUCGUCGAUUAAGAUCAAUUACUUCGAAUGUGAGAACAUUAAUUAGUGGCUUAACGAUAAUUUGUAAUGUAAUCGAUCCCUUUUGAUAGUAUCUUUUCCCUAUCUUUUCUCAAACAGAAUCGUCCGCGGAGCUUUAGCGGUGCUAACAAAGAAAAAAGUCAAGUACAAAGCUAACGAGAGUCAAUCAGAAGCAGGAUGAACGGCGGGUGGGAUACUUUCGAGGGAGCAACGUCGUCGCUUAUCGUUCACGAGGUUAAUUAGGUGAUUACGUAAUUAAAAGGCCGCGCGUUAUUGUCCUUGUCGGCGAGGCGACGGGCUCAUUUGGUCGCAAAAAAAAUCGAUCUUUCAAUGCAUUCUAAAGACACGCACUAAAUUUUCAGCAGCAGUCAUUUUAUCUUCCGGAGUUUAACGAAUCUACUUUAAUGCUGAUUUUCUAAAAGACUUGAGAUUUCGCGAUUUAACUUUAGUCGGCACGAGAGAUCGACCUGAACUACAGGGUGUUCAUCGUAAAACGCUACCGAAGCUUCGCUUCGUAAUGUUAUGUCACUAUAAACUUUUAGUAUAAAGUAAAUAAAUGCCGAGAUAACGCUUUACAACGAAAAUUCCGCUUUCGUACGUCAGAACCGUCUUCCUUACUAAAAAAUCGCCUAUAAUACAAAAGAAGAGAAUUAUGGGUUGCGUUUUAAAAUGAACAUGCUCUGUAUAUUCCAUCCGUGUUGCAGCCUCAAAGAUCAUCCCCGAAUAUUAGUUGCGCGCGGUUAUUUCGAUUUCCUGCGCUUGAAUUAAUUCAAUAAUACGCCUCGUAAUUUCCGAGCUAAUAAUUACGCUAAUCCUCGAGAGGAGAGUUGUAACGUUUGUAUACGAGGCACGAAAUUCGAUACUGAAAAUUUCACGGAAAUUAACUUUGCGAUAAAUCUUCUAUCGUUCGCGUAUUAUCGAUGUAUUUAAUCCCCUUCGCAAGUCGAGCCUCGCCGACGAGUGUCCCGCGACUGUUCGACGUGACAGUAACGGCGGCGGAGGUGCCGCGAGCCGCGGACCGCGGACACUAGGUGCUAAAAGUAUUCAAAAGUGUUAAUCCUGUGACCGUGGGACAAAACGCAAGGCUACAGGGCCCGAGAACAAUCCGGAGACCACACUCCGGCAUCGAUCCCGCGUUUACCGAUCAGCCGCGUCCGCGCGUCCUAUCCUUAUAGACACUAAUUUCCCACGACACUCUCGUAGCGUGUCGUUGUAGCCGUAGCGUGUAAAUGUCUAGCGUGUAAUUUCUAGGUAUGUUGUAUGUUUAGUCGUUCUUUCUUACGGACUUUUGUAUAGGCCUUUUUGUAAAUUAUCCUCGCACCCGGUCGCGGCCCGGUUCGAAGCGGGAUCGAUGUUGGACGACCUUCCCGGAACGCGUCCGAAUCGAAGGAUUCGAUGCGAGAAACGAGGCGAGUUCACGAUUUCUGAGAUCCGAUCUUAAAUCCCGGAUCGAUUACCUAAAAAUUAAUGUUGUAAAUAACGGACCUGCGUCUUGCUUAACGCGCCGAAACUUUCGAUUCUCGUCGCGAAUUUCGGAAGGUUGAAGAAUCGUUUUUUAUAUGAUACCUCGGUCCAAAGUGAAACUGUAGUCGAAAAUUUAGUCAAAUUGUGUCGACUCGUACAUUCGGGGAUUUAGUCGACAGGUCGGUGGUCUCCGGACGGGUCGGGGGGUGCGAAAACAAGUUUUAACCGUGGAACUUAACUACUAAAGUAGACGUGAGAAGACGCUGAUGAAGAACAGAACCCUUUAGUAAUAUCUAAACUCUAAUUAUAACUAUUAUAACGAUACGUACGACUGUGGUAGCUAUGCUAGUACCUGCUAUUGUUAAAGAGAAAGUGAUGCGAAUAAGGUAGAGACGAUCGAAGGAACAGAGGGAAAUGCCGCUGGAAAAAAAAUACGAACUACAGCAUAGUGCCUCAGUGCGUGUCGACAUUCGCUCAUCGAUAUGACUUUUACAAUGAUUUUCUUAUAUUUCACAUAGUUGCAUGUAUUUUUUUAAUAUUUCGAAAUCAUAAUUUUAUUCCAAAUUUUAUUUGAUUACUAUUACAAAGUAAAAAAUAUUGAACUUAGAAAGAAUUGUCAACUUGAAAUAUUAACAUGUCUUUUUAUAAGGUUUUAUAAAAUUGAUUUUAUAAAUAGACUUGUAGUGUAGCUCUUUUUUAUAUAAAUGUCGACUUUUUUUUAUGAUACGCACUCGAGUCAUUGUGCAUCGAGACAAGUUUCGCACCGCGUUCUGUCAGUGAGCUUCGCAAACGAUCUAAAGUCUGUCUUACGAUAUCUUGUUUUUUUCGCGUCGACGUGCAGAUACUCCUCGUUUCCGUCGCCCCGCAUCAGCGUAUGAUCGUGCCUCGUCAAAAACUCACGCACGACGUUGUUUAUUCUUAUAAUUUUUCUAAUCGCUCGCGCACGAUUGGGUAUACAAGCGGCGUAGAUUUUUUUGCGCCUCGCGGCAGCGAAAAUCAGAUCCGGUCAGGAAAUCCGUCGGUCGUGUUUUCUCGCGUCGCGAUCUGAAAGUAACGUCUCUCGCAUAAGAGAGGAAAUCCCGGAUGGGCACGCGAGAAAGGGAAAGAGAGAGAUUCUUUCUUCGUGACGCGAGAUCGCGAAAGUUUCGACAGCCCGCGGUCGCACCUCGCUGGCAGUUUGGACGGAGGGCACAACGACGUCGACGGCGACGGCGACGACAACGGUUGAAGUCGAGGAGGCGAUGAAAGGAAGCCGAUGGACGGAAACUUUCGAAAUCAUUGCGACCGCGGAAACUUCGCAGACUUUAAACGGGUUUCGUCCGGACUGUCGAAUGGCACUCGAAUGCGAAUAACGCGAUCGGCCGGCCGGCCGAUCGGCGGCAGCGUUUAUAAAAGCCGACGACUUACGGUCAGGUACGCGAUCCGAAAGUUUUCGCGCUCCGACGGAUUCUAUGGCGUUGUACGCAGGGGCGACAGAAAGGGGGUGGCGGAAAGAGAAGACGGAGCGCAAAAUGCGAAACGGCGAGGGUGGAACGAGAGAGAGAGAGAGAGAGAAAGAGAGAACGGUAAAGGGUGGCAACUCAAUGCAAUAAGUCGCGAAUCAAAUGGAUCUCGGCUUGAGACGAGAGGCUCAGAUUAGCAAAGAAUCAAACAUGAUGUAUACUCUUUAAAACAAACAAAACAAAAGUGAAACUAAGAGACAAGAGAAUAAAAAAGGGAGAUAUUAAAACUAGGAAACGCGCGCGCAACGCGUAAAGUGCGCAAACGGGGCGCGAAUAGAGCGGCGCGAAUCAACGUGAAAGAGAAUAGAGAGUGAGGGAGGAAGAGAAAGAGAAGUUAAGCGGAUCUAAUUAAUACUGAUAGAGCAUACACAUUGAGAUACACAAAAACAUAUAGUAUUAUACGUUUUACGAUACGAUUGUAAUGAACACUUUGUAAGCAAAGGGAAAAAAAAAGUUACGCAUAGUUUUCCAUUACCCCCGUAAUGAAUGUAAUUCGUUAAAAGGGAGAGUUCAGACAGAAAAUACACACGCGGUCCACGAACACACACAGACAGACGGUCAAAAGGAGUGUACAUGUGCAAGCACGCGCAUACAUACAUAUAUAUACACACACAUACGUUCGAAGUCACUCGGGUACACAUAAGAAUUUAUAAGAAAAAAAAAUGAAGUCGGUAAUCUGUCUUUAAAGUAUCAUGUGUCUAUAAACUAUAGCGAUCGAUAUUGUCUUUUAAAUAAAUGGCAAAAAAAAUACAAAUAACCGUGGUAACGUCGUGUAAGGUAGCGAUAAACAAACACUCUGCAAUAUAAUGACAUAAUAUAUAUUCUUACAUUUAUAACGGCGGAACAUACGAUGGAUAUUAUGUGACGAGAGCAGACAGCGGGAAGCCCGAAAAAAUCGUGUAAAAUGCGCGUCGAGGAGUAUCGGAGAAAUGCCAUCGCGAGAAUUGAAUCGGUCCUCCUUCCCUCGGAAUCAUCCUGAACGAAAGAGAGAAGAGAAAAAAUGGCGUGUUUUUCGAUACUACUGAACGCGCAUGGAGAUAUCACAUGGAUACACACACACACACAUUAGACACACAAAGUACACAAAGAGAGAUCCAAAAAAACAAACUAUCGAUUAUUCUACCAAGUAAAAUGAAUUAACAAGAGGAUGAUAAUUAGAUUUGUAAUUAAUUACAUAUAUAUUUUUCAAUACUUUAACUACUUGCUGAAUGUAAACUAUAUACAUAUAAUUAUAUAUAUAUUAUAUAUAUUAUAUACAUAUAUUAUAUAUAUAUAUAUAUAUAUAUUAUAUACAUACACACUUCUAAUGCGCGCGAUAUCGCGCGCGCGUGAGGAUGAAGAAGGGUGCGACGAUGAAAGCAGCUUCGCAGAGAAUCUCUGAGGGAACGCUGAGACAGAACGUUAAAACGGUGAAAUCGAGGAUCACCUCGAGAAACAGAAAUCCUCGGGAGAACCAUCGGCUAAAAUAAUGGUCCUCCGAUUUUUUCGGUGUCUUCCGGUAGACUCUCGGCGGGCGUCUUUCAUCGACGCGAUCGCUCGCUUCCGGCUCGGCCGCAGCUCGCGAGAAUCGAGAGGAAUGGAGCGAGAACGUAAACAUUCGGGGAAAGGGAGGAGACUGUCUCUCGUCGUGGCGGAUCACGUGCCGAGCGGAAACGAGCGACGGGCACCCAUCUUCGACCGUUCCCCUCGGGAAAGCGGAAGAGUUUCUGCGAGAUCUUUUUGUACCCCGCCCAAGUUACACUCUCGGUGUCGAAAAAAAAAACUGUCACACUACGUGUAAGUGAAUCCUAAAUGUAACUGUUAAUUGCCCCUACUCCAAAGCCCCCCAACCCACGCCAUUUGUAUAGAGAGAAGAAAACUCGCGAGUAUGGGAGAGAAAGAGAGAGAGAGAAAGAUACAUGCGUGCAAGACGGAGCGAUUGGCUGUAUGGAUUAAUUACGUGGUAGCGCGUGCAUGUGUAUGGGAGUGUGAGGACACGUUCGUUCGCCUUAGUUACUUUUUUUCUGGGUGCAAAAUGGGAAAAAAUGGAGAUCCUUUCGAAUGAUUUUUGCACGCCUAUGAUUGUUAUGUAUAGAUCGUAUACUUACGAUUAUUACUAUUAUGAUUAUGAUUAUUAUCUUCACCCCUUAGACGAAAAAGAAAAAGAGACAGACACACUGCGCGCCUAUAUAUAUAUCUGUAUAUAGGUCUUUUCUCACCUCACCUUGUUUCUUUUCUUUUUUUCUUCGUUCGUUUAUUUUUUUCUCUUUUUUACAUUAUACAUAUAUAUAUUAGAGAUGUAUUUUCUGUUGGCUCGUUAGAUUUUGUUCCUUUAUUUUUGUACGAAAACGCAACAUCGACGACGACGCGUCGUCGAUUUUACCUAUACAUAUAUAUAUAAAUACAUAUAUAUGAAUAUUAUAAUUGUAGCUCGCUUAUAAGAUUAUCGUUCAACCCUUCUUUUGAUAUAGUUUGUUAUUGUUGUUUUUGUAUGAUAUUUGAUUAUAUAUACCGGCGUGCGCGUGUCGCGCGUCAGAGAAAUAAUAUAUAUAAAUAUAUAUACUACCAUAUUAUAUAUAUAUAAUAUAUAUUUUUGUUAAUAAUACAGUGGUUUGAUAACUACAUUAGCCUGUUAAUAAUGAAUUUGUUUCUCUGUUUCUUACGACCCGUGAAUAUACAUAGAUAGACACACGUGCAUAUACAUAGAUAUAUAUAUAUAUAUAUUAUACAUAUUAUACAUACCUAUAUAUAUAUAAAUAUCGAUUAUAUAUAUACAUAUACCGCUACAUUAUAUUUUGUUUAACAGUGUGACGAAGCGACAAUGAAGCGUUUCUUGAAAUUUGUCGAGCGACUUUACAAGGGGCUCCGACACGAAAUAUUGAAUAUCGAAACUCGCGUGUAAUAUAACUUAUAAUAUCAUUUUGUAAAUUAUUUUUUGUAUUUUUAUAUAUAUACAUAUAUAAAUAACGAAAGCAUACAAAAGAGAGUCGCGGAACAGUGUUAUGCGCACGACGAGAAAUCAAGAGAGUUUGAGAGUAAGAAAGAGAGAGAGAGAGAGAGAGAGAGAAAGAAAGACCGAGCGAGAGAGAGGGAGAGAAAGGGAGCGAGAGAAUGCAUCGGAGACGAGAGAACGUUCAUGAUGAAAGGAAGGGAAAAGAAAACAAAAAAUCCUCGUGACGCAUUAAUUAACACUGACGAUACUUAAUCAGUCGCUGACAGUCCUUUCGUUGAUCGAAAGCGGCGCCAAGAUUUAUUAUCCGAACGACUACCAGAAAAUCGCAUACGGCGCGUAUGCAACGUUUGUAAAACUAUAAAACGAGUACACACAAAUGUGCAUACACACGUACACAGACAGACACACGGCGCAAAGUUUAAUUUAAUACGACACGCCAGCCCCGAAGAUUGCGAUUGUUCCCGAUUACUUGUAACCUCUCUGUAUGUAUUUUGCAGCUUGUCAGUGCUUUUUGUUCAUUAUUACAUUACCUUACAAAUAUUAAUUCACCGUUCUUUUUGUACCAGUCUUACUCUUUACGUGUCGCCGGGAUGCGAGCUUUAACUGUAUAUGAUUUCAACCCAACGGACACAGUGCAACGCAAACUCCAAAGAAAGCGCGGCCACGGCCGGCGCCGAUCUCGGGCCGUUCGCUCGCGAUCGUUGGUGACCUCGCAAAGCAACUUAUUGUUAGUAUAAUAGCGUAUACCAGAUAUUAUUUUUCUCAAAGAUCAAGCAGACACGAUCGGACAGCAAGUAACUGAGAAAGUUACGUGCUGGAUUCCAGUUACCCUCGACCGCGGCUUUGGAUAAUUUUAACCCUUUCCAUACUCUCGCUAAUAUGGAUCCUUAUCGCAAUAUUCACCCGAACAUUAUUUAUAUGUAUCACAGCGUAUAAUUACAUUACCGAUUUAUUUUCCAGCGUAAUGUUCCGAACAUACGAAAGUGCGAAAUCAAACACGAGUUGGAAGGGGUUUUUAGCACACCGACUAGACGAAAUACUUUUCGCGAUAAUAAUAACGGAGAGCCCAAAAUUAUUAUCGGUGUGUAAUUUUGAUCACUGAAAUAUUUAGCCGCGUCGAGAAUUGGCACAUCCCCGAGACACAAUGCUCCAUAUACGCACGUUUCCGCGGUCGGGGGUUGGAUUCCGUGUUCGCGCACAUGGAGAAAGAUUUAUCGUCCCUCGCCGGUCGGGGCCACACGGAGCGCCUCGCGCGCGGGAUUACCCUCGCGGCGUGUAAGAUGCUAUCGGCCUUAUGUAAAUUAACCACGCCAUUCAAGCCGCAACGGAGUCUGAGUAAUUAUGACAGAUAAUUGUCUCGUAUCUCAUUACGAAAUAAACCCCCUAAUCGAUUCUGUAUUCCCCCGCGAGCGAGCGAGCGAGCGAGCGCCUGUCGCGAUUUUCUCGCUACGGCCGAUAGCGCGAUACGUCGCCGUGCGAUUCUCUCGAUGGAACCCACGACCGGCAAGAUAUAUAAGUCUCUCCGCUGAAGUAUUAAUAAUCAAAAAAACGCGCGCACGCGCGGCGAUUUGCGUGUCGUCGUUUCGCUGUAAUUCGCCUCCAUCCUUGAGUCGGCUUUUAAAAAGCUGCUUGGAAGAGAUCCGUCGAGAAGUUUCAAGAAAUUUCGUUUCACGCGCAUGGGAAAACGAGAGGAGAGCCAAAGGAAGCUAGCAACGGGAGAUCUUUGAUUCUCGCGUUUGAGCGUGCGUGUCUGUGUGAAAGAGAGUGCGAGCGAGAGAGACAGAAAGAACAAGAGCCAACGAGAAAAUGAGAGCGAGAGAGAAAGAGAGAUUAAGAUGUAUAUUUUUCGUGAACGUUCUUUCUUAGUUUUCUCAUGCAAGCACGGUGGACGAGGGUGGUUGCCGUUCGAUUCGAUUGUUUUGGAUCAAAACCAUCGUCGGUCGAUCUCUCGUCGUCCUUCGACGUCGCCGUCGUUGGUCGAGCGAAUCCCUCGAAGUCUCCCGCACGAUUCUUUAAUCGAGUCUAAAAGCUGUAAUUUGGCGAUCGAGCGAUGAUCCCGAUCGAUGAGAUCGUCGAAGGGUAACAGGAAAACGGGCGGUACGUGUCACGAUUUCCUUCCAAGGCAUAUGAACACGAGACUGGAGAUCUCCGCUAUAGACGGGAGAUCGUUUGCACUUCAUUAGUCUUUAAUUAGAUACUUACUAAACGAAUCGAGAUCAGAGAUAAUUUGGGAAGAGCAUAAAUAAAGGCUUGUUUAGCGAUAGUCUAAAAUUUGUACGGCAAAAUUCUUUAUCCUUAGACAAAUUAGGGGCAUACGAUAAGUCCUUAAGACUCGAAACCGGAAACCAAUCGGUCGAACGGCGUCGAGGGAUCGAGAGAAAACGAAAAGAGAUCGACGGCGAUCUAAAAGGGCGAGAUCCAGGACGAUGGUCGACGGUGAGGUGAAGGGCAGGGCGCCUGGUAUUAGUACACAUUAGUUUUUUGGCUAGAGGGGGCGCCCAAUUAGUUGUUGGAAUUUUAUAGUCUAGGUAAUAAUUCUCGAUAUAGUUCAAUGUUGUCGAGUUUUCUAUUAGUUGAGCGUGGCGAGGAGAACGCGAGAAAUUUAGGGGAAAGCUGGAGGGCUCCGCACACUCGAUGGCGAUUGCUAUAACCGAGCGACAAAUUAACUAUUUAUACAAAUUGUUUAGAAAAUAUAUUCUAGAUAUCGAUGUGCGAAUAUAGUGUUUUAUAUACAUUACAUAGGUUGAAAGAAAAUUUAAUUCGGCUGGAAGUACGAGAUGUUUUCUCAACACGGCGUCCGUAGAGUUUUCAAUGGGAAUUCAAUAUCGGAGCGGUAAUCGGAAAAUUCGCUGAAAGCGAGGGCACGAUUUAGGACGAGGGCACUUCGCGCUGAAAAUCGCGAUAUUAUUCGCUUUGUGCGCCGGCGAUGAAAUUUUCCUAUGGCGAAUAUGAAACUUGGCGAUUUUGCGGCGCGCGUUAAACAUUAAUUAUUGAAAACAGUAAUAUCGCGUUCGCUAAAGCCGCCGCCGCUGCCGCCGCGCCUGGUAAAUCGAUAAACCGUUAGCGCGGAUGUGCACGUCGCUUAUUCGCUCGUUCCGUUCGCUCAUUUUAGCGUGCCCUUAACGCGAGCUUACGCCCGGCCGUAAAUUUCCACGCGUUAAUUACACGGUGUGUUCUUCCGUUGAAACGGACGCGGACUUUUAAUUGAUUUACGCGGAAAUCGCGGGCAUUAACGCGCGAGUCCCUCCGCGACGAGGUGUGUGAUCGCCAUAAAAGGAAAUAAAGUCGCGUAAGGAGUUUCACACUUACAUCAAGCUAUAUGGAGAUGUAGAAAUCAAGAAACUUUGAAUAAAGAUGAUAAUGUUGGCUAAUAGAAAUAUAUAUGUAUAUCCGCGAUCGACGAGCGGAUAGUACGAGCGAGACAGAUUUUUCGAAUUAUUGCAAAAAUACUGGGCUAAUAAAAAUAUUUGCGAAAUUAUAUAUAGCGACAAAAUUUGAUAAAGAUAUCGUUGAUGCGUUCGUUCCACUUUUCUCAUCAGUGGCGUGCUACAUGUGUUAUUACCAUUAAUUCAGAAGUCUUUAUAAAUUUUAAUAGCAAAUUUAGCUUUAUAAAUUUUAAUAGCGAAAUUAUAUAUUACGGGAAGACUUUUAUUGAAAUCCCUUUUUUGAAAACCUUUUCUGAAAAGAGUAAAUAGAUGUUUGGUCAGUUAGGCAGGAAGGGUGGAUAAAAUAUGAUGUUUAGUAUACUUUUACACGAGACUCUUGUUUCAAACAGGUAGCUCCAUAAAAUUCCCGAUAACGACACAGCAAUUUGAGGCUUUUAUCCAGCAAAGUUCGAAGGUAUAGCUUCAGGCUUUCCUCGAUUCUCGACUCGUCCUCGUCACCGAUGUGUGUGGUUAGUCACGGCGAUUUCGAGUUACUAAUAGCGUCUGUGCGGAGUGUUGGAGUACCGGAUACUUCCGGCAACUGUCCAGUAUAGCGGAUUCUCACCUAGAAACUAGAAUCGUCGUCCCUCGGCGGAGCUGGACGAACAGGACUGUUUUCCUGUUUACAACUUCGAACUUAAGCAAGAUCCAAUGAAUCUCUAACUUCCGCUCAAUAAAUUACUCCGGCGAAAACAAUAAAUAAUAGAGCAUAAAGAGACGAAACUGUCUAUGGUUUCCUUGCACACGAUUACAUAAUAGAAAUAAAAAAAAAAUAAAGCUGUUUGGGUGACAAUAUUGAUCGAUCCGGCGAAAGAACGACAAUGCCGAGGAACGGUGAGACUUCGCUCAGCUCCGACGACGUUCCGCGCGAAAACUUUCCGAACGAGUUCAUUAUUCCUCCCAUCGCUCACCGGGAGGCGUGAGAGAUUCUACGAGGUGCUCUUCGAAAGUUUUCCGAUGGGGACGAUGGGAUGCAUUGCGAAUGGCCGAUCGGUAAAUAUGGAAACGACGUAGAGAGACGCGUCUUCGCAGGGUCGCUGUCUACGACGUGCGAGUGGUAGACGAGAACUUUAUCUAUAUAUUUGCCACGAUAUUUAAUAUGUGAAUGAGUAUAUCUAUUGAAUAUAUAACAUUGACAUACAAUAUAGAUAUAUAUAUAUAUAUGAGAAAGUGAGAGAAAAAGCGAGAGAGAGAGAGAGAGUGAUAGAAUGCGAGAGUAAGUGCGAGCGUGAAAGAGUGUAUGGCAAUAUCAUAAAAUUAUUAUUCUCUUUGUUACUUCUUUAUAAUUAAAACAAUAAAAAAAACUACUGAAUAAAAAGACGCUGUGCACGUUGUUAUUUAAGCCGGAUGUGGACGGCGGUGUUCUUCUUCUGUGUGUCUAUCGGUGUGUCUAACUGUAGCGCUACGUUCUUCCUUUCCGAUUUCCUCGAGUCAUUAUUACAUCGAGCUAUUUGUCGCGUUGUAUAAUUCAAUUGGCAACGGAAUGCCAGUUAUCCUUGAAAAAAAUUAAUGAGCAGUAAGUUAGAUUAGCCAUGUAAUAUUUGCAGUAAUGCUAGUCACGGAUGCGCUUAUCUAUUAAUUUCCGUUUGUUAUCGGUGUGUUUUAUAUCGAAUAUAAUCUUUUUGUAACUUGACGAUAAUGUUGAUAACCGUGAUGAUAUCUUUGAAAUGGAACACGAUAAAUUCGCGAAGCAACUUUUUUGUAAGUGCUUCUUCGAAAUGUUCUUUUUCAUGUUUAUGUCUCAAUAAGUUAUAUAGAAGCAAUACUGAUAGUUUUUAAGAUCUUUAAUCUUUUUAAUAUCAUUUUUAUAUUCUCUUUGAUAAUACUUCAUAAAUGAUAUUUUUAAAAUUGUACAGACCGAUCUUAAUUGAAUUGCAUGGGCAAUUAAUUUAUGAUAUUAUAGCGUAAUAUAUAUUGUAUCAUAUAUUUUUCAAGACUUAAUAAUUAAUUUAAUUUCUGUAAAUUGGGUCAUGCGAUACUAACGCGAUUUUCGAUUUUCAAUGACUCGACGAACCCACGUUUUCGAGCAAACGAUAGCAGAAUGCGCAACGCCUUGGAUGUUAUCUAAUUUAAAAAUUCAUUCUUGCUUUUAUUUCGUAAAUAUAUGUAUAUAAUGACGAGAAUGCUUCGUGUAGUUGUUAAUCCUCUAGUUUAUCCUCCAGCGUAGCAUUUGUUCAGCUCUUCACGAUUACGCUCUGUGUUUCUACAUGCAAAGAUUUAAGGGUGAUUAGGCUACUUGAAAAAAAAAAAACAUAGAUAAGGGAACACGAAAGGGUAUGAUUGAACGGAGGAACAAAAAUCGAGCUAACAAAAAAAAAGGAACCAGUAUUUCGUACGUACAUGUUAUCCUGUCGUUAUCGUCUAAAAGUGAGAUAAAGGAGAAAUAAUUAAGUAUCAACGGCCAAGGAAACGCGUUUUUCAUCCUUCCUACUCUUGCGUACAUUUAUAUAUAUACCUCUUGAAACUUAAUUAUCUGCGGUGUAACUGCGCCGGUGGAAUGCAUGAGAGGACGAGAGAGCGGCGGUGGACGAAAUUAAGCGAGUUAUAUUUUUCACCUCGGUGGAGGAGGCGUCGAGAAGGAGAAAAUCGUCGGAUGAAAGUGAUCGUUUAGUUUAGAAUGACCGCGUGCAAGGUUGAGUAUGUGAGUGUAACGAUGCAUUUCGCGCGCAUAUUGCACGUAAUACAUUAUAUAUUUAUAUGGGAAUGCGCUAGAAAAUCUAUUUUGCGUCGUUCCGGCAAGACCCUCGUAUUAUGAUGUAAAAACAGGCAUAUUCGAUUUUAUAUUCUAAAGUAACGUUUAAGGGACGCAUACAUUUUUACGCCGUAGGGCGUGUACUUUACCGUUAGACAUGCGAGGGCAAACAUGCGAGUAUUAUGAAUACAUGUAAUAUACCUUCGGCGUUAUUGAGCCGAAUCUAUCGAAUCUCUCUCAGUUGAUGCGGGAAGAUAAAGGUAAAGAAAAUUGCUGCAAAUAUUUUCCGCCGGAAAUUGAAAGUCUUAUUAUUCUCCCUUUUGACAAUGUUCGUAAGGGCUUGAAAGUUACUCGUUAAUCGCCACUUGAUUGUUAGAUCGAUCAGAGGAAUUACUUUAACAAUUUUUUCAUGUAUAACGUGCCAGAAAUUAUAAAAAGAAUUUAUAUACGGGAUUGUGUUUUUAAAGAGAUAAAAGCAUUUUCGUAUGCGCGUGAUAUUAAAGGUACUUCAAUGCUUAAUUUUGUAAUUUAAGGAAGUUAUUUUUCCCACAAUUUUGAGAAAUCGACAGAGGUCAGUCGCGCGCGACUUUCUUGACAUAUGACGACCGUUGUUCUACCGCUGCGAGAAGAGAGAUGUGUGUCCCUUGUAUAAUAUUCGUACCGUGUCUGUGUUUUGUGUCCACCUAUACGUACCCAUAUCUAUCUGCCUACCCGUCUGUAUCAAUCUCGCACACUCGCAUAUACCUGUUGUGUCGUUAUGAAAUCAAAAUAUAUAAAUCAAUCGGACAGGUCGGCUGAAGAGAGAACGGUGCCGGUGUGACUCCUGGCUGAACUCCGCGGAGUCGCGGGGAUGUAAAACGAUCUCGCGCGACCUGCGCGAUAUCGAUUUACGUGGGAUUAAACCCGCGGGAUUGGGGACUUUGGAAUUCUAUUACAAAGACGGAAAAAAAAUGAAAAAAAAUUCGAGAAGCGUUCGACGACACGUAGCGCUGCAAUCUAUCAUAGUCUAUCCGCAGUCGCUCAGUUUACAUAAUUUGUUGUGACAUCACUUAUUCCGCGCCGUAGACUCGAAUCCAUAAAUGUCCGCCGAAGAAAUCCAUCUUCUGUAUAUUUUAUCGAGUUUAGUUACUUCGCCACUUGCGCGUGUGAGUUAUUAGAGGAAAAACGAGCACUCUCUAAGAGACCCUGUAUGCAGUUUUCUCUUCAGUCGAUCGACAGUGUCGUGUUUGGAGUUCCUGGACUGAUCAAACAGCACCUGUCUCAGCGCUUUUUAAUCCUCAGGAUGUAUCUUAUAGCUAUACAUGUCGAGAUAUACGAGCCUCUGUGUAGACAGAAAAUGACAGAACACGAAGUGCAUAUACGAUACACACGCACGCACAGACACAAGCACACUCUCACACGAUGGAAAGCAGUAGAAAAUGGGGCAGAAGCCAGAAGAGCGAGAGAGAGGGAGAGAUUACAAUAGAAGCCGUGGGGCUGGACACGGCAGCUAGAUACUUUUUUCACGGAUUUAAAUAGUUGUACGAUAUUCGUAGCUCGUAAGUAUUAUUAUCCUUAAGUAUAAAAUAAGUAUAAAAUACAUUAAAAUAAACAGAUAAAUAUAUAUACGCGUAUAUUCUAUCGGGGGACGUAGGUAUUUAGCGAUAAUUUCCUAUAGGAAAACUUUCCGCGUGUUCUCGUAAGACGAAUAUAAGCACGGCAAAGCGAGAGAAAGGAAACGAAAGAUGGCGUGUAUCUUAGUUUCUCAAUAAAGCAACUCUCUCUAUAGUACGAAAAAGCUCGUACCGUGGAAAUCAUUCCGAUAUGAAAAUCGAUUAGCCAUCGCAGCUAUUUUCGCGAAAACGUUCACGUGAGAAAUGCGAUAGAACGAUGAGAGCCGAGGAAGUAUCUGCACUAGCGGAUAUAGAUAAAGCGAGUAAAACGAUAGUGAUCAAACGACGACAAGUUCGAAAUCCGGAAGACCCUAAGUGCCAAAGAACGCCAAGGGCGAUUUAACUGUAAGAGCAACUUUCUGAAGUAAACGUCAGAAGUACAUCGCUGAUCGACCGAAGACUAUUUAUCGUUUCAAGAAAUAUUUUUAGCGUUUGGAUUUCCUUAUGCGCGCGUAUAUGUGCCUGUGUGUGUAUAUGAAUUUGUGAUUUUACGUUCUCUUCUAUUAUGCUAAUACAUAUAAUUUCCGUAAUGAAUAACUUUCCUCGAUACGAUUAACUUCGGAGACCUCGCGAAAGAGAAUCCCCGAUGAAAUAUAUAUUUUCCGAAUAAUUCUCCAGGAAUAACAUCUGAAUGGAGCGACCGAGAAUCACAAAUUCGUUUUCCAUGGAUAUUAUUCUUGUCCAUUUUCGACAUUUCUUUUAGCACGACGUAUGUGCAUUCUAAAGUAAUUGGACACCGUUUUAGCUGACAUGGUUAAGCCUUUUGAUGUAUUAAUUGAUAUACUUCUUUUCACGUGUCCCGGAUUACUGUAAUCAGUCGCGAAUAUCGAUCGCCAUCAUGCAGCUGAUAAGCGGGCUUAUUGUCCGAAUGAUGAACUAUCGGAAAACGAAUCUGGUUUCGUCCAGAGGAUGAAACGGGUCGUUCCUUCGACGAGUAUAAACGCGCGAGCGUGCGACAGCGUCGAAACACCUUCGACGUUAAUUAUCCAGCCUUCGCCCGCUCGUGCAUCCUUAUUCGAAUGCAACAGCGUCACUCGAGAACGGAUGUUCCACGGAGACGAAGGCUUGUCUCGCUCGUGAUGAAAACCAGGAAACAUUAAUUAGUAUCGUGAUAGUUGACGCUGUUGCGUUCACGUCAUUUGUCUUCGCUUGAGAGACAGAGAAAACGAACGCGAGAACAGGAUAAAAUCCAAAACUUUAGUAUCUGUUGAACUGAUCACGAUAAUAUCAAUUUGAUCGCUAAAAAUUGUACAUAUUCCACAGCAGAUUAUUUAUUCCACGUAAAUCUCAUACUUGAUUUACAACCUCGCGUUAAAGCUGUUUAUUACGUCUUCAAAUCGCUUUCUUAAAAUAACAUUUUUCGAUUUAUACUGUUAUCGUUCGUAAACUUUUUUAAUUGAAGAAUGUAUUGCUGAGAGGAAACCGAUCGUUUCGAAAUAGAAAUCGAAAAAAGUAUCAAAAUCUGUAUUAUCCGAGUAAUUAAUAUGUAAAAAUUUGCGUUCGUUUCCGAGCGUGAAUUGCAGCGACUAAAAUAAUUUGCCGACUUAGUUUAGAAUUGAGGAUCUCAUAUUCGUUCGAGUUGCAUGGAGUUAGAUUGUCAGUAUUACUAAUUAAAUAUUAUAUGCAAAUGUAGCGAGAAUACCUUAUGUAAAUAAGUUUAAAGCGGCUUGACGUAGCAUUAUAAGUGAACGCGCGAUCCAGCAUAUAUAUCAACCGUAUAUCACACGAUCACGCCGGAGAUAUAUCUUGGCCGAUUCUAUACGAUUCUAUCAGGUCGUUUCAACGCAAUCAUAGCGCUAGGCUCAUUACUACGGGUACGACAGGUGAAUUGAAUCGAGAGAUUGAUCGAACUUUUAAAAGUUUACGGCUAGCGGCUCGCCGUGAUUAACUUCCGCUCGCUCCUCAUCUUGCUCUACUAAUCGUUGAGAAACAGUUCAUUUUCUCGCGCCAUUAUUACGCUUUCUCCGUAAAGGAAACCCGAGCGUCUGAUCUUACACACGCAUGUUCGCCCUUCGAUUCCAUUCACCCGUCGUUCCGGCAUCGGCCGAUUGUUUCUCGCGAAGCGCGCCGCGAGAAACUGGUACAUACGUUCAAUCCGGAUCGGCUUGCAAGCCAAUCUUCGUAAAUAAUUCGCGAUCAAAGAUCGGAGAAUCGAGAGACCCGACAGCGGUCCGAUAAAGGGAUCCCGGCGAGAGAAGAUCAUAAAAUGAAGAACCGUGUGAAAAUCGUGCGGCGCGAUCGAGCGCGCUAACAACACGAGUUACCUCGCUCGUCCUUCGACCAGGAUCCCGACUCGCUCGUAGGACGCGUAAAUGUAGCGCACCUGUAGGAUACGUGAACGCGCACGGGUUUCGCAAGCGACCUCCGCGCUCAAAGUAUGAUUAGCAAGCAUCGAUUAAUCAGCGCUCACCUUGUCACAGUAUCGGAUGUAUCGAGAGAGGGAGAGGAGAAAAUGAAAGAGAGGAACAAAGAGAGAAAGAGAGAAAACGACGAGCGAUCGCAUUAGCCGCCCGAGGGGACCGAGUUUCUGCGUUCUCCAAUACGAGAAGACUCGCCAGAAGUAUGGCGAGGUCGGGACCCGCGGCCCUUUUUCUGCUACAAUGGCGUCGAAUUCGUGGGACCGCGAGCGUUAAUUCUUUUCUCCUCCUUUUUUUUUCCUUCGUGAUCGAUGGAUCCCGCCGCGAUCUCGCACACUGUGUUAUCAAGAAACUCGUUCGUAGCUCUGAAUAAUUUUUAGGAAGUGCGUGCUAAUAUGUAAAAUCACGGAAAUUACGCGUUGGGGAUCCCUUGUCGAGCGAGAGCGCGUGAACAUUCUUUGAGUUCAGAGAGGUUGCGAGUUUCGACGUUGUUGCGAAUGAAAAAUGAGGGAGAAGAAGAUACGUCGUGAUUAAAUAUGUCGGGCGAGAGAUAUGCGAUCGUUUCUCAUUCAAUAGCGAUCAAUCACGCGUUUCUGUCAUGACGCGCAAUUAUGUCCGGUCUCGGUUGCACACCGAGGCACACGGACGGAUAGAGAAAAAAAAACACGAGAGAAAGAGAGAGAGAGAGAGAGAGAGACCUACAUUUAACAGCUAAUCGCGUUACCUUUAAGAAAACUACUGUUGAUUCGAUAUCGAUGUCGUAUCUACAUCUACAUCUACGUACAUCUAAAUUGCGAUCUCUUUAGAAUUAAUGAGUGUGACGUAAUAAUGUUCGAUAGUCAGUGUUAUUAGCGUAUACCUAAUAGCGCUAUGAUUAAUUGCAAACUGCCCUCGCGUAAAUCGUCGUGUUAGCUUUUUCUCCCCCCCCCCCCUCCCAUUUUUUUUCCCUACGCGAUAGCUAGGUCGGAGAAAAGCUGAAUAAGGAAUGAUAAUUAACUAAUAAAGAUCGUUAAACGAACAUGUGUAAUCGGAAAAACCGAUACGUAUCCUUAAAUGUUUAAUUGUAUACGCCGAGAAAAUCCUCCAGCAGUUUAUUCUCGACGAAGCGCUUGCCGUCAAGUAUUAAGGGCGCGAUGUUCGUAGGCUGAAACUAAACACGGGUACAGCCGUUCGCGGCGUCGAUCAAUUAAUUAAGCAGCGACACACGACGCGUUACUCAAGGGCGCCUGAUUAAUCGGGCAGUCUCGAACAGCGCAGCUACAUCUCGUACAUGAUCUUAAGGGUUAAAGUACAUUUACGCUAUAUAGGUAAUGAUUAAAGUUAGGCGGCGAGAAAUCGACUCUUCGCGAUAAUCGACUAUCCGAUAUGUAAUUACGAGAGUUCGUGAAACACAGCCGCCGACGUCGAUCGCGUCGAAAUAAAUAAUUAUUCCGUAUUUUCGCGCGUGCGUUUUACACUUUAUCUUGAACUUCAUUUAUAUAAUUUUUACAUUUUGUUUUACAUUUAUAUUGCAUUUGAAGCCGGUACUCAUGUGCGGCUGCUGCAGCUGCAGCACGUAGCUCCUUCGUUCGGGAGAGUUUUCCAACGGGAGAGUUCAUCAGCGAAUAUAUACGAUACCACACGAUUGAUUCGGGAUACGCCGAAUCAAUUUUCUGGAAGCCUUAAUUCGCCCGUAACAUCGCGAUUCGUUACACCCGGAUUUCUCUCUCGCGGUAAAUCACAUCGCGGAUUAGCCUCGACACGAUCGGACGGCGGUGACGUAACGGCAUUUUGUAUGCAAACUGCGUUCUCUCCUGGACUUUUUCAGCGCGAUGCCGUUCCAGAGAAAUAGAGAAGAAAAAAAAUAUGCGAAACGCGAGGAAAUGCGCAGAGGCGAGAGAGAGCGCAGAGAGAGAGAGAGAGAGAGAGAGAGAGAGAGAGAGAGAGAAAGAAACGAAUAAUCCAGAAUCCCGAGAACCUUCGGCGAAACCGUUUAAUAUAUAUCUCUGGUGUAUAUAUAUAACGUAUACUGUGUGUCACACAUUCCUAGAUGUACUUUUCUCGUACGAG